UUAAUUUAAUUUGAAAUGCAGAAAAGUGUGGUGUGGUGAAUUCAGUUUGAAUAAAAUAUUUUAUUAAAUAUUGAUUAAAUUUUCAAGAAUUUUAAUAUUAAAAUAUAAUAAUUCAGUAUCGACGUUUAUUGGAACAUUCUGGACUAAAAAAGGAAUUAUCGAUAAGAUGGACAGAUCACUUGGAGUAAUCAACGAAGCAUUCGCAGACGAGGAAACGACACCUGAAGGUGGCGAAAAGGCAAGUUUUGAUGGAAAUUGUAAACAAAUAACACGAAUUGAUGAUAAAACAAACGGAAUGACUUACAACCAUAUAGGAGAAGUGAACGAUCGCGAAAUUAUCAACAUCGGAGACAGAACGGCUGAUGUUGUCAAUACGGACACAUCCCACGCGAAUUUCGUUAAACAUUUUGUCACUCAAAUAAGCAUCCCGGACAAUAGCUUCACAGUAAACGUCAACGAAGAUAAUUGCAUAGAAAAUCUUGAUAAAGAGUUGACAACUCUUAAUAACAGAGCUGAUACAACAAAAACUGACAAAAAUUUGACGAAAUCUGACUCCAAUACUGCAAUUUUCGAAACUUUAAAAGAUUUAACAUCAAAUAGCGAUGAAGAAUCGAAAGUGUUUAAAGAAAUGGAUAAAGCUGAUCAGAACAAACUAGUAGAUGAAACGGUUAGUGAAGAAUUCAGCGGUAGGUUCGCUGGAGUGGCGUUCAGGAGCUUCAGUGAGAAGAAGAUGAAGAGAACAUGGAGAAGAAGAUCGCUUGGAGAAGAACUGAAGUCCUUCUGUCAACUGAAGGAAUCGACGCCGGAGUUGAAUCGUAGUCAGUAUUCGCUGGUUUCCUGCGGGGAACUGACAGCUGGAGCCGUGCAGCUGUGGCUGGGUCUGCCUGAGGAAGUCAAGUAUGAUCCAGCAUUGGCGCCUUUCAGACAGCUUUAUGAGAAAGAGCAUGGUAAAGACGGCAUCCUCAAGAAACCUUCAUCGAACAAGACAGGUCGACUCCCGCUCGUCAACUCAGCUCCACAUCUCAACAACAACUUCCAAAUCGCGCCAGAAGAUGUCGCUUUCAUCAACGGCAAAGGCAUCAUCGAUAUACAGCCGGACGAGAAACUGCCAGUAUUGGAUAAUGCAGCGAACCAAAAGAAAACAAGUAAGUUGGCGCGAGCGAGCCACCUGACCAAGAUGUCCCUGCUGCUGGCGUGCUGGGUAUUCUUCACGACGGUCUUCCUCCUGUACAACGAGAAGGAGGACAUCAUCAGGAACUCUUUCAUAGCACCAGGAGAGACCAAACAUUACGUUCUCCAAAAUGGUAUCAGCGAUAAAAUAUCAGUAUUAGUGAAGCUCUCGGGACCGUUUCUAUCUGAGCAAGCCGAAGGGAGGUUCAACUCGAGCCAGCUGCUUGAUACUCAAAAGAUGGAGGUGUGGCUUGAACGAUGGCCGGUGGAUGUGAACGGGAGUACAGUUCCUGGGAAACAGUCUACAAAACCCUGGCCGAUAAUCUUGCAAGACUCCACCGAUCUGGACUUCAGCGUCGGAGAAGAGAGAUCGAGCGUGCUACAUCUAGAAGCUAACUCCACGACCAACUCAUCAUUCGUUCUCAUUCUCCGAUCUUCAGCGAAUGAGACGACUCCGUUCCGAAUGAGUCAUUCCAUGGACCCAAUCGACCUAAGGACUGGAGUGGUCUACGCUGCGUUGCUGCUCUGUGGUCUCUACGUGCUGAUUAUUUUUGAGGUCCUGAACCGCACUCUGGCAGCUGUCCUCAUAUCGACCUCUGCACUGGCCGCGCUGGCGAUCUCCGGCCAGCGACCGUCGGUAUCUGAAGUCAUAUCCUGGCUGGACGUGGAGACGCUGCUGCUACUGUUCAGCAUGAUGCUGCUUGUCGCCAUCAUGGCGGAGACCGGAAUGUUCGACUUCCUCGCCGUCUUCACUUUUGAGGUGACUAAGGGCAAGCUAUGGCCCCUCAUCACCCUGCUAUGCGCCAUCACCGCCGUCCUCUCAACAUUUCUCGACAACGUCACCACUGUGCUUCUGAUGACGCCUGUCACCAUUAGACUUUGUGAAGUGAUGGACCUGGACCCGAUCCCCAUCCUGAUGUCGAUGGUGCUGUUCAGCAACAUCGGCGGCACGGCCACCCCGGUGGGGGAUCCGCCCAACGUCAUCAUCGCUUCCAACAAGGCUGUCAUUCAAGCUGGUAUAAACUUCACAAACUUCACGCUCCACAUGUCCUUGGGGAUCAUCCUGGUAUGCAUACAGACGUACGCGCAGCUGCGGUUCAUGUUCCGGGAAACUAAUAAGAUGAGGAUCUGCGUGCCCAGGGACAUACAGGAACUGCGUCAUCAGAUUUCAAUAUGGCGUCGCGCGGCUGACUCUCUUCCCCACCUCAGCAAGGAUCAGCUGAUCGUGCGAGAACGGCUGGAGAGGAAGGUCAGGAAGCUGCAGGCCCAGCUCGACGUAAUGGUGAAGGAAAGCAAGAAGCGAGCCUGCCCCAAGCACACCUUCGAGAGCACCCUAGGGGACCUGAAGGACAAGUACAAGAUCCGGGACAAAGUGCUACUGGUCAAAGCCACUGUCGCCAUAACCUUUGUGGUCGCCGUAUUCUUCUUACAUUCCAUACCUGAACUCAAUCGCGUGUCGCUCGGCUGGACAGCAUUGCUGGGCGCCAUCUUGCUCCUCAUUCUGGCUGAUAGGGAGGACUUGGAGCCAAUCCUGCAUAGAGUCGAGUGGUCUACUUUACUUUUCUUUGCUGCGCUGUUCGUCUUGAUGGAGGCACUGUCAAAGUUGGGUUUGAUAGCGUUCAUCGGAGGGCUGACGGAGGCUCUCAUCAUGAAGGUGGACGAGAGGGCAAGAUUGGCCGUCGCUAUUGUCCUCAUGCUUUGGGUGUCCGGCGUGACGUCAGCGUUCGUGGACAACAUCCCGCUGACGACCAUGAUGGUGCGGAUAGUCACGUCAUUGGGCUCCAACCCGCACCUCGGGCUGCCCAUGCCGCCGCUCAUCUGGGCGCUCUCCUUCGGGGCUUGCCUUGGAGGUAACGGAACCCUAAUCGGCGCCAGCGCAAACGUAGUCUGCGCAGGAGUGGCUGAGCAACACGGCUACAAGUUUAGCUUCGUACAGUUCUUUAAGAUCGGUUUCCCGGUUAUGAUAGGUCAUCUUAUAGUGGCCACGGGGUACCUCCUGUUGUGUCAUUGUGUGUUCACUUGGCACUAGGUACCAGUGCCAAGUGAACACUUUCUGGACGUCAAUGUGUUUUGUGCGCAGACAAGUCUAGCUAUUCGCCUUGCCGCUACUCUUGGUCUGCGCUGAACUAUAAGGAGGACACAAGAUAAGGGAAAACAGGUCAAACACAAAGAGACGCUAAUCCUGGAUUUUAAAACUUAAAAUCUGGACAAUUUUUAAACUUUAGCAUUAGGAAUGAACUAAAAUUAAAUUCUAUUCGAAAAAUUUAUUUACCUGCGGGCUUAGCACCGUUAGCACGCGACUCUUUCUCGCCGCGACAGAGAUCAUCUGUCUCUUUCUGUGCAGUACUGUGAGAGAGUGACGGGUGACGUAUGUCGAGGCGAGAGUCGCGCGCUUACGGUGCUAAGCCGCUUAAGUUACCUAAAAUCCAGAAAAUUUGUCUUAAAAUGUCUUAAUAAAAAUAUAUUCUAUAUGUUAUGGAAAAAUAAUCGAAAUCCGUCCAGUAAAUUUUACAUAAACAGCAAGGAAAAAGACAAAUUAAUAAUUAUGAUUACCUAUAAUCAACAUUUAAAGUCAACGCCUUUUCAAAAUAUUUUAAGUGCUACCCAGACUUCCUUACGGCGACUUUGGUAUAGACAGUCCUUGAUAUUCACCACGAGUAUGAUUGCCGCCAAGGCAAUAUUA